CCAUUCACAUGGAAAUGAGGCGCAAUAUAUGGAGGCUGCGGGCAACCGCAAUGUGACGUCACAAAGAGAUCCGUAGAACGUCCUGUAACAAUCACAUGGAGCGCAGGCAGAGGCAGGCGAGAGAUAUAUCUGCUCCGUACCGAUCCGUGUGUCCUUAUUCAUCUACCAUGGAGCGAGGGGACAGGCAGACAAGGAAACCUCUGGUUGAGAAGAGGAGAAGAGCUAGAAUAAAUGAGAGCCUACAGGAACUGCGUGGGAUCCUAUCUGACAAUGAGUUUCAGACAAAAAUAGAAAAUGCAGAGGUUCUAGAUCUGACUGUGAAACGCGUUGAGCGGAUCCUUCGGAACAGAACUGCUGAGGCUGAUCGGUUACAACGCGAGGCCAGUGAGCGUUUCGCAGCAGGCUACAUCCAGUGUAUGCAUGAAGUUCACACCUUUGUAUCCAGUUGCCCUGGCAUCGAUGCCAGUCUGGCUGCUGAGCUUCUGAACCACUUGCUGGAGUCUAUGCCCCUGAGUGAGGGCAGCUUGCAAGACCUUGUGAUGGAUGUACUUCUGGAUUCCCCCAGCUCUGAAGAGGGAUGUGGCUUGGGAGUGCUGGGAUCCUCCUCUGAGGACAGCUGCUCGGAUAUGGAGGAAUCCGAGGGUGAAAAGGCUGGAAUAGAUUCCGUUCAGGACAAUGGCCGGACCCCUGAGAUUCAGCCCCCGGCUUCUACUAUGUGGAGACCAUGGUGACCAAAUGAAGGAUAAAGAGCAUGGGGAGCCAUGUUCAUAUACUAGCGUUAAUGUACAUUCACUAUGGAAGAGCUACCACCUGUCGUUUCUUUAUUUUUGGAUGCCUAUAAUAGGUACUCGACCUAUUUUAACACUUAAAGCAAAGGACUUAGUACCGUUUUAUAGGAAGACCCAUGAAAAUUCUUCCGCUGCCACUACCUUCUGGAUGUUUUUCACUGUGACUGUUGGCUGAUGUUGGAGCAUCCCUCUGGAGAUACUUUCCAUUACAUUGUUCUAGUGUAUAUGAAGAUUCCAUGUUUAUACUGUGCAGCACGGACAUCAUCGUUGUAAUGCUAUCCAUUGUAUUAAGCAGCAAGAAUGGAGGUGCCUUCUAUUUACAAGCUGGGUAUUCAGUUUAGGUUGGGGUACAUUGGCCCACUGCCUACUCCAAGAACCACUUCUCCAUAGUGGCUGCUUCAUGGUCUGUGAAGGGAGACGAGAUGGGAUUGGCCCAGCAAUCCUGGCUUUCAGCCAUCUAAAGAUUGUUGGGAUACAACUCUCGCUAACUAGAAUGACAAGUUACACUUCAGUAACAGUUUGAGGGCCAUGUAUCUCUCCCCCAUUUUCAUAUAGUUAGUAGUCCCGGGCUGUAUAUGCAUAGUGUUAGUGCAUUGAGAUUUCAUCCCUAGCAGGGAUUUCUAGUCUUUGGGUAACUUGAGGUUCUACCUUCAGUGAAGGAGACUGUAGAUAUUUGUUCGGAUACCGAUUUGAAGGGUGCUAUAAGAAACAAACGUCUUUGACUUUGCAGGUAUUUGUAUAUAUUAGGAAGGUAACGUGUUUUUUUUUUUUUUUUUAAAUUUCCUUUUCCCCAUUCCUGUAUAUAUAGCUUCUUAUAGAUGAACGUGUAAUACAGUUGGGAUCGGGUGCUCAUUUGUGAGAGAUGUACCUGUAUCUUAUAAAUAUAUUGUCUUUUGCUUCCUGACAAGCACUUACUGUUUGGUCUUUAAAUUUCUCGUCUUACUCUUUUUUUAAGUAAAAAAAAAAUGCUGAAUGUACUAGUGUGUUCCUACAGAUAAGAGACUGCAUCAAUCGCUGAAUAAAUUAAUGAUCUUCAAACUUCA